UCUCUCUCUCUUGGAUUGCGGUAGCGUGCGAUACAUUGCCCUCUUCGGCGCGACCACCUGAGGUGAUGACAAACUGAGAACCCCUGGUGGAACACCUGAAUACUUAAUCAACGGAUAAAAUUAACAUUAAUAAAACGACUGUCUGUGGCCGAUCUACAUCUUAUCCGAGGACAAACACAGCACGAACGCUAGGACCACGUGAUACAAGUCUUACGACAAAGCAACAGCGAGGAAGUCAGCGGUACUCGUCAGUUUUCCACGUCGUUUCUCAUCGGUGCGUCGAUGGACGGCACCAGGGUCAACGAGAAGGUAGCAUUCGCGUUGGACCGAAUGACGAUCGGGAUGGAGCGGAAUUCGGAGGAAUAUCGCGGCGAACCGCGGAAGAACGAGUCCGAGAACGAAAGCAACGACGAGGAUUACGCACGUUCGCCGGUGCUGCUCGACCUCGACGAAAAUUCCAAGCAACAACAGAAGGCCGCACGUCGAGAAGCAAGCUCGCCGAACGCUACACUCACGAUGCAGGAUCAACGUUUGCAGGAUCAACUGACUCCGAACGACACGACGGGCACAUCGAUGACGCGCCCGCAAUCUCUAAGAGACGGCAGAUGGCAAGAGACGAGCUACGAGCCGGCGAGUCGCCAACAAAAUCCCGAAGCAGUGCUCGUGAUCAGAGUACCGGAGCCAGAAAUAAUCGGCAGUCACUCGCACCUCGAGAUGCUCCACGAGACCAAUAUCAAAUCGGUGCAGCAGGAAUCAUCGCAGACUGAGAAAGACUACAAGAAAUCGGCGUGCGACCGCGAGCGCACGAGAAUGCGCGACAUGAAUCGCGCAUUCGAGCUGUUGCGAUCGAAACUACCGAUCUGCAAGCCGGCCGGCAAGAAGCUCUCCAAGAUCGAGUCGCUGCGUCAUGCUAUCACAUACAUCAGACAUCUGCAGAGCCUAUUGGAGCCACCAUACAGUUACACAAUGUCCAACAUGCCCAGUGACCGACCUGCAGGCUAUUAUGCGACCGCUCCACCGGCUCUACCGACGUCUUACGAAAUGCAACACCCUGCCCGAUGGGAGUCCUUGACAUAUUAUCGAUAUGAUUAUCAUACACCAUCCUUUAUCACCCCAUCUCCACCCACUCUGGUGCCACCCCUGCAGCCGAGGCUGCCUAUUGACCAGGACGACCGACAGUUUUCUUACGAGACGAGACAUUAGCUCGCGAUAUAAAUUGGUGUCUUAAGAAUUUUUUAAAGGACAUUCUCAGGAGAUAAUCUAUAGGAAAUGCUUCGAGGAAU